AUGGAUCUUUACAACCACCUCGUCGACGGCUUCGAUCCACGGAUUAAACCAUAUUUCCUCAUGUCCAGCCCAGUCCCCAUGUCGGGCAUUCUGCUUUGCUACUUGUUCUUUGUACUGCACCUGGGACCUCGCAUCAUGGCCAACCGCAAACCCUUUCAACUUAAAGAAGCCAUGAUUGUCUACAACUUCGUACUUGUAGCUCUUUCAAUAUAUAUAGUUUAUGAGUUCCUGAUGUCUGGUUGGGCUACAACUUUUACUUGGAGAUGUGACCCAAUUGAUACCUCUGACAGCCCUCAAGCAUUAAGGAUGGUUUCAGUAGCUUGGCUUUUCUGGUUUUCCAAGAUUAUCGAGCUCAUGGAUACAGUCUUCUUUGUGUUGAGGAAAAAGCAGGGUCAGAUCACUUUCCUGCACAUUUUCCACCACUCCUUCAUGCCCUGGACAUGGUGGUGGGGUGUGGGCUAUGCUCCUGGUGGAAUGGGGUCUUUUCACGCCAUGGUUAACUCUUCAGUGCACGUCGUCAUGUACUUCUACUAUGGGCUCGCUGCUGCUGGACCCCGCUUCCAGAAGUUUCUGUGGUGGAAGAAAUACAUGACUGCCAUUCAGCUGACUCAGUUCGUGCUCAUCUCGCUCCAUGCCACUCAAUGGUACUUCAUGGACCGAUGCGACUACCAGUUCCCCCUCGUCCUUCACCUCAUCUGGAUGUACGGCACAUUCUUCUUCGUUCUCUUCUCCAACUUCUGGAUCCAGGCCUACGUGAAGGGGAAGCGCCUGCCCAAACAAGUCGCUCCAUCUCAGCCGAACGGAAGCACAGCAGCUCACGCCAACGGGAAGCACCUCAAAAACGGCACAAAACUCAAAGAAAACGGCACCAGCAACGGCUUCACCCACGAGAACGGCACUUUGAACGGCUCGGCCCCCUACAUGGGCAAAAUGAAGAAGGCCUAA